AGUAUCGGCUCUCCGCAAGCCGUGCAUUAAGCACUGCCCCAGAGAGAAUGACGGAGGCAGGGGGAGCAAAUUGAAAGAGAGAGAGAGAGAGGAAGAUGGAGAGAGGGAGAAAAUGAGGAAUGCACUCUAAGUCCCGCAUCGUCUUCACCAUUAAACAGCUGUCAUGUCUGUCCGAGGGACACUGAACAGGAAAUACAGCAUGGCUGCCGGGAUUAACCUCUGCUCUUGGUAGAACUACCCAGAAGUUCACUUUCAUUUCCACUGCGUCUCACGUCCCGGGGGAUUCCACGAUGUAAAUGUAUCUCGCCUUUUCCCAAACCCUACGGCUGUGGGCCAUGAACCUUCGAGGAUCUACCAGGACCACCUUUUUCUCAGUUUGGAUUUAAGGGCGCCUUUUGCCAAGACCACCACCACUCGAGCCCGCAGCGGUGGCUAGUGGCGGCGGCGGCGGCGGCGGCGGCAGCGGCAGCGGCGGUGGUGGGAGGACCUUGACACCAGCGAGCACGGGGAUACGUUUGCAAACGCGCGCGCCACCAUGAGGAUAUCCACCACCUCCUGUCUCUGUCCCUUUCUGGUUUGCCUCUGCUUCAUCCAGAGGUGCUACGGGGCGAGCCACCACGUCCCCGCCAAAGUGCCCUCCAAGAAUCAGACCAAACUGGCCAACGGGGAGACGGAGGUGCACCACAGGCCCAAGCGUGGCUGGAUCUGGAACCAAUUCUUUGUUUUAGAAGAACACAUGGGACCAGACGCUCAGUACGUGGGAAAGCUUCACUCAAACUCAGAUAAAGGGGACGGAUCCGUCAGGUACAUUCUGAGCGGGGAAGGAGCCGGGACUAUAUUUAUCAUCGACGAAGUGACAGGAGAUAUUCAUGCCACUAAGAGCCUGGAUCGGGAAAGGAAAACACACUACGUCCUCCAUGCACAAGCCCUGGACCGCAACACAGAAGAGGCCCUCGAACCAAAGUCAGAAUUCAUCAUCAAAGUACAAGAUAUCAAUGAUAAUGCCCCUAAAUUUCCCGACGGACCCUUUGUGGCUUCGGUGCCUGAGAUGUCUGAAGUAGGGACGUCUGUGUUCCAAGUCACGGCGACGGAUGCCGACGAUCCCACCUACGGAAACAGUGCCAGAAUAGUCUACAGUAUUCUACAAGGACAGCCAUAUUUCUCCGUCGAUCCCAAAACAGGAAUCAUCAGGACCGCCUUAGCCAACAUGGACCGGGAAGCCAGAGAACACUAUGCUGUGGUGAUCCAAGCCAAAGACAUGGCAGGCCAGGUCGGAGGCCUCUCUGGCUCCACCACCAUCAACAUCACGCUGACCGACGUCAAUGACAACCCGCCCAAGUUUCCCCAAAAAAAUUACCAGCUGUACGUCCCCGAAUCGGCCCAAGUCGGGAAACCGGUGGGGAAGAUCAAAGCCAAUGAUGAAGACGCCGGCAUCAAUGCAGAGAUCAAAUACAGCAUCAUCAACUCGGAGGGGGCCAACAUGUUCUCCAUCACCACGGACCGGGACACCAGAGAAGGAAUCAUCAGCCUCAAAAAGCCGCUGAACUAUGAGAGAAAGAAGACCUACACUCUCCACAUAGAGGGAAUGAAUACUCACAUCGAUCCUCGUUUUUCCUAUCUUGGCUCUUUCAAAGACACUGCCACACUUAAAAUCACAGUGGGGGACGUGGACGAACCGCCUGUUUUCUCUAUGGAUUAUUAUAUCAUGGAUGUUUAUGAGAACGCACACAUUGGCACCGAGGUGGGCGCUGUAACGGCCCGGGACCCCGACAGCAGGAACAGCCCUGUAAGGUACUUCAUGGACAGCAAAGAGGAGGGAGUGCGGUACUUCAGCAUCGAAGAGGACAGUGGCGUUGUCAGGACAACCCAGCCUCUGGACAGGGAAGACAUGCCUUGGCACAACAUCACUGUGAUGGCCUCGGAGGUUGACAACCCCAGCCUUCUCAGCCACGUUCCCGUUACUGUUCAGGUCCUGGACGUUAACGACAAUCCGCCAGAAAUAGCUGCAGACGAGGAGGUCAUUGUGUGUGAGAGCUCAAGGCCAGGACAGGUGAUCCAGACUGUCACAGCGGUGGAUAAGGACGACUUUGCCAACGGACAGCGGUUCUCUUUCGCUUUACCGAGCCAGUUACCAGUUAAUCCCAACUUCACCCUAAAGGACAAUGAAGACAGCACGGCCAGCAUCAUUGCGAGGCGGCGGCGUUUCAACCACCUCACCCAGGAGCUGUACGAGCUGCCCAUCGUGGUGUGGGACGGCGGGGAGCCGUCGCUGAGCGGCACCAGCACCCUGACCCUGCGAGUGUGCCCGUGCCAGCGCCACGGCAGAAUCCGGACCUGCCAGGGCGAAGCGUUCCUCUCGUCGGCAGGUCUCAGCACGGGGGCUCUCAUCGCUAUCCUACUGUGCAUCGUCAUCCUGCUGGCCAUCGUGGUUCUCUUCAUCACUUUGCGGCGGAGCAAGAAGGAGCCUCUCAUCAUCUCCGAGGAGGACAUCCGCGAGAACGUGGUCACCUACGACGACGAGGGCGGAGGCGAGGAGGACACCGAGGCGUUCGACAUCAUCGCCCUGCGCAACCCGGCCGCCGCCGAGGAGCUCAAGUUCCGGCGGGACGUUCGCCCGGAGGUGAGGCAACACUGCGGCCCGCCCCGCGGACGCCGGAGCCCCUCGGUGGAGCUGGACGUUGUGGACGUGCACGAGUUCAUCAAACAGAGACUGGUGGAGGCUGACAUGGACACCAGCGUGCCACCCUACGACUCGCUCCAGACCUACGCCUACGAGGGCCAGGGCUCGCCCACGGGAUCCAUCAGUUCUUUAGACUCGCCCGGUACGCACUCGGAGCAGGAUUAUAACUACCUGGACGACUGGGGGCCCGAGUUCCAGAAACUGGCAGAACUCUACGGAGAGGCAGAUUCAGAUGUGACGACCUAG